AUGUCACUGGAGCAGCCCGUUUUCCGCGCCCGGAGCAGAGGCUGGGCCCGCGGGGACCCGAAGGAGAGCGCGAGGAAGCCCGAGGCCCGCACCCCGCCGGGGCUCAGCCCGGCCCCGCGCUCCCCGCCCCUCGCCCAGAAGGGGGAAAACCCGCCAGCGGGAGGAUUCAACAGGAGCACCACGCCGCCCGCCUGCCGCCCGGGAAACAGCCGCCGGCCGCUCGGCCGGGGCGCGGGGGGAGGGGCGGCCGGGCGCGGACCCCCGCCCGCGCGCAAGGUCACCGCCCGAGGCCCGCCGCCUCCAACGCCGCGGGCGCCCCGGCCGGGGCCAGGGCGGCAAGGAGCGCGCCGGCCGCGGGGCCUCCCCACCCCCACCGCGCAGCCCGGCCCACGCCCCCGGCCCGCGCCCCGCCACUCUCGGCCCCGGCCGCCGCCAGGCAGCCGGCAGCUGCAGCCCCCGAAGCCGGGAGGGAGUCUCGGCUGGCAGGCGGGCGGCGCUGAGCCCCGCCAGACACAGCCGCGGUGGCGGGCGCUGAAAAAUGGAGCACGGCGACCCGAGAGGAGAGACAUUUUCUUUCCGUUAACUGAAUUGUUUCCUACCUCCGGGUGCCCGACUCGCUACUCCUCUCACUCCGCUGCUCUCCGGGAUCCGCCGCCGCCGCCGCCGCCGCAUCCAAUCGCCUCCUCCCCCCCCUCCCCUUCCGCAGCCAGCCCGGCCGUUCCUCCGCCUCUCCGCUUCAAAAUGGCGCCAAGCGCUCUUCGGCGGCUGCUCCAAUCGAACCGCCGCGGACAGCACCGGGGGCAGGCAGAGCGCGGCAUGGGUGCGCAGCGCCCCCUGCCGACCACACAGCCCUGCACUCGCGCCCGCCGCCCCGCCGCGCUCCUCUUGGCCUCGCCCGGGCGCGCGCGCGCGCACAGCUCCCCUCCGCCCCGCCCCGCCCCGUCGCGCGCGCACGCAGCCCCGAUCGCGCCGCCGCUGUGGCCCGGGGCGCUGGUAGACCCGCGGCUGUCAGUGCUUUCUCUGCCUCUGAGGCUUCCCUGA